UUGCCAAGCGUGUUGAUAUAGAAAUUAUUUAGUGCUCAUAUAAAAACAUACAUUUUUCAGAAAGUAAUUAACUAAAUUUUCGCCUUGCGUCCAAGAACUGUAUAUGGCAAACUGUUGUAAUUUUAAUUGCAAGACUUGUUUAAACAAAUAACCAAAUCGACCAUGCGUAUACGAAGAAAGUGUUCGAUCAAGAAAUGUGUUUAUUUCGCAUUGAUCGGCGGUCUUUUGGCCAUCAUUCGAUUUAAUUUUCAGAAAAAUGAUGGACUGGAUGAACAGAUUGUACCCGUAGAUCAGCAGCAGAAAAGAGAAGUCAAGCCAAAGUCGCCUGCGAUUGCCAAGAAGCCCUGGUACUUUAAAAAUGGGGAAUUAUAUCCCGGUCCGGCUAUUGACUACAGCCUUGGCGUACAAAGACAAGCUAUCGUUCACAAAUUGUUGCCCGAUCAAGUACUUCAAAAUGAUCGCAUUGCCAACCAACUGAUGUACGUUCCGCACAACUACGCGGAAAUCAAGACCAGUGGCAAGCUUAAAACGAUUCUACUGCCCCAUGGACUGCUCAAGUGGAAUGUGACGAAGGGCCGCGAAAUCUUUCUGAGCGACAAGUGUCCAGUAGAUACCUGUCAAAUAACUGAAGAUAACGCGUUGGCCGACACUGCCGACAUGAUCAUCCAUAAAGAGUUUGUAAAACCAAUGGGUAAACCUCUAAGAAAAUCCAAGCAAAUCAACAUGAUCUUCUCUAGGGCUAAGUAUGUACAAGCGCCCGAUACCAUUAACUGGACGGCUUCUUACAGGCGCGAAAGCACCAUCGUUGCGCCUUAUAUGAAGUGGAUGUACUACAAUGAACAGUUUCAGGACAAACCCCAGGAUCGAAACUUUGCCGAGCACAAACGGAAAAAGGUGGCCUGGUUCGUGUCCAAUUGUAAAACAGAAAACAAUAGAUUUAAGUAUGCCCUUGAGCUGCAAAAAUAUAUCGAGGUGGACAUAUAUGGCGAAUGUGGCAAGUUGAGGUGCUCAAAGUCAACGCCAGAAAAAUGCUUCAAGUUACUCGAAAAAAAUUACAAGUUCUAUUUGGCGUUUGAGAACUGCAACUGCAAGGAUUACAUCACACAGAAAUUUCUUGUGAAUGCUUUGGAUCGUGGUGUGGUGCCCAUUGUGAUGGGGGCCCGACCGGAGGACUAUCUGGCACUCGCACCUCGUCACUCUUUCAUACAUGUGGAUAAUUUUGACUCGCCAAAGGCGUUGGCCGCGUACCUCAAAGUUCUGGAUAGGAAUGAUGAGCUGUACAAUUCGUACUUUAUGUGGAGGGGAACGGGCGAAUUUAUUGAAACGUACUUCUGGUGUCGAGUGUGUGCCAUGUUGCACUAUGAUGCUGACUUGCGAAAGCAACAGCAGAAUCGUUCCAGCAACGAAAAUCUUAGCUCGGGAAUGUGCAGCCUUAGCUCCUGGAAGGGGCGUGCCAAAACGUAUGACGGAACGAACCACCGUGGUGGUCUACCCAUCGGCUAUCCGAUGAUGAGAGAUUAAAAAAAAUAUAGUCAUUUACUACAUUCGAAAAUAGUGUGGCUCAAGAAGAGCAAAGCGUUAAAUGUUCGGGUACAGCGGGAAUCUUGGAGA